UUUUCCAGGUUGACAAUAUCCUGUGCUGCCAAGAGUCCAUUUUAGUGUGUUCAGUGUGAGUUAACAGGCAUAUACUGAUUAUUACUAAACCAGGUUUUAUUAUGCAAGAGUCAAAAUGACUUCUCAUUUUUCAUAUUUCCAUGUCCUUUUUAAUGUCCAGAAAGAAGGAGGAGGAGGAGGAAAACGAGCAGGGAAAGAGGAAGGAGAAGAAGCAGAGGAAGAGGAAGGAGGAGGAGGAAGAAGAGAAGGAUGAGGAGGAAGAGCAAGAGUAUGAACUGGGAUAAUCAGAGCAGUGUGUCUGAGUUCAUCCUCCUGGGGCUCCCCAUCCACCUGGAAGAACAAGGCAUGUACUACGCCCUGUUCCUGGUCACGUACCUGACCACAGUGCUGGGGAACCUGCUCAUCAUCCUGCUCAUCAGGCUGGACUCCCGCCUCCACACCCCCAUGUACUUCUUCCUCAGCCACCUGGCUCUCACUGACAUCUCUUUCUCAUCAGUCACAGCUCCAAAGAUGCUCAUGAAUAUGCUGACUCAUAGUAAAACCAUCUCAUAUGCUGGGUGCAUUUCCCAGUCAUAUUUUUUCAUAAUGUUUGCUGAUAUUGACAGCUUCCUUCUCACCUCGAUGGCAUAUGACAGAUAUGUGGCCAUCUGUCACCCCCUGCACUAUACCACCAUCAUGAGCCAGAGACGCUGCUUCCUGCUAGUAAUUGUGUCCUGGGUCUUAUCCAUUGCCAAUUCCCUUUCACAUUUUAUUCCCAUAACACGAAUUAUGAACUGGGAUAAUCAGAGCAGCGUGUCUGAAUUCAUCCUUUUGGGGCUCCCCAUCCAGCCGGAAGAACAAGGCAUGUACUACGCCCUGUUCCUGGUCAUGUACCUGACCACAGUGCUGGGGAACCUGCUCAUUAUCCUGCUCAUCAGGCUGGACUCCCACCUCCACACUCCCAUGUACUUCUUCCUCAGCCACUUGGCUCUCACUGACAUCUCUUUCUCAUCAGUGGCAGUUCCAAAGAUGCUCAUGAAUAUGCUGACUCAUAGUAAAUCCAUCUCAUACGCUGGGUGCAUUUCCCAGUCAUAUUUUUUGGCAAUGUUUGCAGCUCUUGACAGCUUCCUUCUCACCUCGAUGGCAUAUGACAGGUAUGUGGCCAUCUGUCACCCCCUGCACUACACCACCAUCAUGAGCCAGAGAUGCUGCUUCCUGCUAGUAAUUGUGUCCUGGGCCUUAUCCAUUACCAAUGCCCUUGUGCAUACAGCUCUAUUAUCUUUCCUCUCUUUUUCUAGGGACAACACUGUCCACCACUUUUUCUGUGACCUCUCUGCCUUACUCAAGCUGUCUAGUUCAGACACCACCAUCAAUGAGAUGGUCAUUCUCGUAGCAGGAACCAUAGUCAUAACCCUUCCAUUUAUAUGCAUUGUGAUGUCUUAUGGGCACAUUGGGGCCACCAUUCUGAAAGCUCCCUCAGUCAAGGGAAUCUGCAAAGCCUUGUCCACAUGUGGUUCUCACCUCUGUGUUGUUUCUCUCUACUAUGGAGCAAUUAUUGCUAUUUAUUUUUUCCCUUCAUCUAGUAACACUAAGGACAAAGAUGUCAUUGUGACUGUGUUGUAUAACGUGGUCACACCCAUGCUGAACCCUUUUAUCUACAGUCUGAGGAAUCGGGAUAUGAAAGGAGCUCUGAGAAAUCUACUCAGUAGAUGA